UAUGCCAUAUUAAUAUAGCCUACCUUGUCUUAAUCAGUGUUACUUGAAUGGACUUUAUAGGCCUACCCCAAACAAGGAAAUAUUCAUAUGAAAUCUGUCACAUAAAGUGUUUCAAUGUGUCAGCAGUUCAGUUUUGUAUUUAAGAGAAAAGCAAAUUAACGCUACACUGUCAGGCAAUCUUGUGUUUUGUGAUUUUAACAGUGUCCAUGGGAAUUUUAGGGGUUGGAAUGUGGUAGCCUAGGUAAAUGUCAGGUCAAGGUAAAGUAGAUGGACUGAUUAGGCCUACCUCCUAGCCUACUCCUUGUGGCAAACGAAACUGGUGCAACAGGACUCAGCUCCAGAGAAAAUUAAAUGAACGUUUAGGAACAGAGACUUGGGGACUGAACUUUGGUGUCACCUCGUGCAAACAUAGCAGUAGUGUCUCCUUUAACUUAUGCCUGCUCGUUACUGUAGCCUACUUCAUUGUCAGGUGGACUAUUAGCUAUCCUCAAAAGUAAACGUGACAAAUGGACUUUCAUUUUUAUAAAGGGAAGUAAUUACCUCCUGACCGUCACCGUGUUGGAAGCUGUUUAUCAAAUCACUCCCCGCCCCUGUGCGGCUAAGACGGAGCUAAGUUCCUGUUGGAGCACAUCGCAGCACAGCAGAGUGGCCUCAGGUAACAGUUACCAGGUCUUUGGACUAUGGAUGGAGCAUCACAAGAGAAACAUGAAGCAGCUGUUGCCUGGUUUUCUGGGUAUCAGCUGGGUUAUAUUCUGCAGAAUGGAAUCGUUCCAGACUGGUUCCAUGGCAUUAUAACCAGAAAGGCUGCAGAGGACCUUCUGUCUGCCAAACCACCAGGAUACUUUUUAAUCAGAGUCAGUGAGAGCAGAAUCGGAUACACUCUGUCAUAUCAAGCUCAUGACCGUUGCAGGCACUUUAUGAUCGAUGUUCUGCCAGAUAACCACUACAUGAUUGUAGGAGAGAGCAUUCGCCACAAGUCUAUACAGGACCUAGUUGCUUAUCAUCGCAGGGUUCCUAUUCUUCCUUUCAAUGAAUUAAUUACAGUUGCUUGUGGACAGGCAUCAAAGGACAAGGUUGAUUAUGCUGAACUUCUCUUUGUCAAGAAACGUCCUCCGACGCAUGGCCCCAGUGCAGUGUCACCAAGCCCCCCUCAGUGGAACAGUAAUGUUUCACCCCCUGCAGCCGAGGACAUUCCACCAGCACUUCCUUACCGGUCAACUACAACUAACAAUGACGCCCCAAAUCAGAGUACAAAUCCAUCUUCUGUACCUGCCUCAUGUGGCCCCCCUCGACUCUACCCCUGUCUUGAGGCUGAACUGGGGGCACUAAGUGCCCAGAUUGUGGUUCAAGAUGCAAAGCCUGUGCCACUACCCAGGAAAAGACUUUGUGUCAACAACAUACAAGUGGACCACCCACCAGAGCUACCUGCGCGUGACUCCUUGGAUCUCAAAAUGGAGCAGCCAUGUGCCAGAAUCAAUGGACUAGGUGACACCAAGGCAGCAUGCAACGAAGGGCCACUGACUCAGCCUGGUGCGCCAAGUGUGGAUCUGCACCAACCGAAAGCACAAGAGGCAAAAUCUGUUAGCAACCUUACACAGUUACGAAAGAAGUUUCAGAAGAUGAGAGGGGCCUCGGAAGAGCAUACGUAUGCAGAGAUCAAUGACGUAGAUGUGCAAAGACUACCCCUCCCAGGUGUAGGAAGCAAAAAUGGAAACAAGAUCGCUUCUGAAAAUGAAUAUGAAGUGCUUCCAGAAGAGUCUUCUGACAUUAAGCCCUCAUCUAAAAUGAGCCAGUCCUCUGGUGAUGUAUCGAAAUCGGAGCAGUCACUGCCAUCAGAGUACCUGCCACCACCACCUUUUGCCCCAGGAUAUUAAUGGGGGAACCUGCUGGUGUAUAUCUGAUUAAACCAUUCUGGAAUGGAAGUGGUCAGAGUAGUCAUAUCUUGGAUGUAAAUCUUUUUCCGUGCCCCUCUUGAAUGUACAGUUAUGUUUUCUAAUAUGGUGAUACAUAUCAAUUUGUAAUUGUGGUAUUUAAAUAUAUAUUGUCCUUAUUAUCUGUAACUCUGAUAUGUCAGUAAUUAACACAUUAUUUUCUUAUUGUCGUUGCUAUAGAAAUAGGAUUAAGCUGUGAUAACUGAAGUGAUUUAUUGUCUGUUUUACAUAAAGGAACUAC